AUGUCAACUGAUCAAAAAUGCGACUCUCUGGAAGGGUAUUUUGCUGAUGACACUUCCCAUGAAGCUCAACCGAAGAAGGUUAGUUCGAUAGGUAUUAGAAAGAGUGAACUCCUAAUGAAGCAGUAUAAUCACUGGGUUUUUAAGGUAACAUUUCUCUUUACUACCUUCUUAGUUGCCUAUGCCUAUUCUUUGGAUUCAAGUAUAAGAAGCACAUAUCUAGCAACUGCUACAUCAUCAUAUUCUCAACAUGCUUUAUUAUCAACUGUUAAUGUUAUAAAAGCCGUUGCAGCUGCUGCAUGUCAGCCAACUUAUGCCAGACUUUCAGAUACGUUUGGAAGAUUGGAACUAUGUAUUGUCGCAAUUAUUUUCUACUCAGUUGGAACAAUAAUCAUGUCGCAAGCAUAUGAUAUUUAUAGAUACGCAGGAGGAUCUGUUCUUUAUCAGAUCGGUUAUACAGGUAUGAUUUUAGUGGUUCAUGUUAUCUUAGCAGUUUUCAGCAACUUAGACUGGAGAUUGUUCUACUAUUAUGUUGCAGGCUUACCCUUUAUAAUCAAUACGUGGGUUUCUGGUAAUGUUGCUGCAAGUUCUUUGCAACACUACUCUUGGAAUUAUUCAAUUGGAAUGUGGGCUUUCAUUUUUCCAUUAUCUGCUUUGCCAUUUUUAGGUUGUUUGGUUGUAAUGGCAUGGAAAGCUUCCAAAACAGAUGAAUGGAGGAGCCUUAGGGAAGAAGAAAGAGAGAUCAACAAGUGGAGAUCGUGGAAAGAUAACUUACUUGUGGAUUUAUUUUGGAGAAUUGACAUUGUAGGUGUUCUCCUCAUUAUUUGCAUACUUGGUUUUAUUUUGGUCCCACUAACUAUAGCCGGUGGUGUCGAAGAAAAAUGGAAGCAUGGCUAUGUCAUAGCACCUUUGGUUAUAGGCUUUGUAUUAAUAGUGCCCUUGGUUUUGUGGGAAGCUAAAUUCUCAAAAUAUCCUGUUCUUCCAUAUGCUCUUUUAAGAGAUCGUGGUGUUUGGUCAGCUUUAUUCAUAUCUUUAAUGAUCAAUUUGGUUUAUAUGAUGCCAAAUGAUUACAUGUAUACUGUAUUGGUUGUUGGUAUGAGGGCCAGCAUUAAAGCUGCAACCCGAAUCGACUCUUUGUUCGAUUUUGUUGCCACAAUCGUGGGGCCCUUAGUUGGAUUGGCUGUUGUGAAAUAUAAAAGGUUGAAAGGAUUCGUAAUUUUUGGUGUAGCUUGUUGGAUUAUUUCAAUGGGAAUUCUUUUGCACUUUAGGGGAGAUAAUGAUGGCGUUGAUUCACAAAAAUUCAUCAAUGGUGUUAUUGGUGGGUUAUGUCUUAUGGGAUUUGGGGCAGGUUUUUUUACCCAUGGUGCUUAUGUUUCUAUUCAAUUAUGUACCAACCAUGAAUACAUGGCAGUAGUGAUCUCAAUAUACUUGGCUUGCUUCAAUGUCGGAAUGGCAUUGGGCUCUUCUAUUAGUGGGGCUGUUUGGACUAAUACUUUAUACUCAAACAUUGUUGACCAAUUUCAGAAAGCGGGUGUGGAUACGAGUCUAGCUAAGUUAGCUUAUGCAUCACCUUUGAGCUUCAUUGUUGAAUAUAAAUGGGGUAGCACUGAGAGAAUAGCGCUUGCAAUAGCAUAUAGUCAUACUCAAAGGAUUCUCUGUAUUGUUGGUUUGGUUUUAUGUUUCCCAUUAUUAUUCGACACAUUUUUGUUGAGGGAUCAUAAGCUCGAAAGUGUUCAAUCCUUAGAAACGAACGAAGAGCAAUGUGGGGAACAAGAAGUUGUCGUUAACAAAAAUGAUGAUGAUGUCAUUACAAAAAAGCUUUUGGCUUUUUUUAGAUACUCACGAAAGUAA